CUGGCUGUAUUUGUGUAGAAUAUCAGGCGUUCAUUUUUCUCACAAAUCAAAUGUUUAUGUCUGUAACUGAUCGCCAUAAACAAUUCCCACAUAUAAACAAAUGCAGAGGCCUGGGAUCUGAUUACUCCCAUUCGAAAGUUUUGCAGCCAGACAGAAGCGGACAGAAGGUUUUGAUAAAAUUUUAGUAGUACCACAAAAACGAUGUCGGAAAAUAAUUUCAAUCGUAACUAUUCGGAUGAUGACGAUACCAGCGAUGCGGUCGCUGCUACUGAGGCAAACGUUUCGAGUCAGGUGACCAAACGGAUCUGGCAGCCAACCAUCGAAGAUUCAACCGCUGGAGUCUGGGAGCCGCCAGAGAAACCCAUGCCCCACGUGGAAGAGGAAGCUGCGAUGAGUCCAGAGGCUAAGGCGGAGGCUCAGGCGGUGAGUGAGACUGCCUCUGGCUUCAUACGCGAAGUGGAGCGUUCUCUCUAUGGGGACAAAAGCAAGGAUCCGGAAGAUGGCUCUGCCGAGUACUUCAAGGCAGCCGAGAAUUACUCGCUAUUUGGCGACAAUUUCAUGGACUUUCCAAAGAGCCCCAGCGUGGGAUUAGCUGACGACCAGCACAGCAGUCCGCCGCCGGGGUUUGAGCAAAACUCCAGUCACUCGGUGGUCUACGAAAGUAGUCAGAUUGCCGCAUCGGCUGGAGUGUCGGGCCAUAGCUACUCGGGGGGACCCUCCUCAUCUGGAAUGGGCGGCUUUGCAAUGCCGCAGCACAAGGGGUAUCAGCAGAUGUCGUCACCGCCGCCGAUUCCUCAGCAGCAUCCACGUCAUCCUUCGCCAGUGACUGUGGCUAGAGCCAUAGCCGAGGCAGCAGCUCUGGCUGGAGCUGGGGCUGGCAUCGACAUUGGAAUGACCGGCCAUGGACAUGUUCCCACUGCCACGGAAAUGGCCAUCGGGCAGCUUUAUCAGCAACUUAUGAAUCUGAACUUGAAUCGUGCCAAUAGACAGCAGCAGCAGCAACACCUGCAGCAGCAGCAGCAACAGCAGCAACAACAGCAGCAGCAACAGGCCAAUCAACUGCUUCAGCAGCAGCAUCAGGUGUCCAAUCCUGGUAUGGCGGCUGCCGCCAUGAUGUAUGCCAAUAUCGAGCUGCAGCAGCAGGUAAGCUUGCGUCAAAUACAGCUGCAACAGAUUCGCCAUCAGCAGCAACAGCAGCAACAACAGCGUGCAGUACGUGGCAUCUAUGGGGCCAAUGGAAAGACAGCACCUCCCAAAGAUCGCAAAUAAGCAGAAGAAAUCUUAUUUCAACCCAAAAGAAGGCACACAAAAAAUGCCAAUAUUUCUAAAAAAAACACAUUUUACAUUACAUUUUAUUCAGAUUCGUCUUUAUCAAAGCCUUCGUCAGCGUUUCUCUAUAUUUCUGGCAAAAAGAGAAUAAGGGACUGAUUGUCUUUUCAAACAACAAAAUCUCAACACACAAAAAGGCUGUCAUGGUCAUGAACAAAAAUAAAUAGUCUUCUGUCUUAGUAACAU